UAUCAAAUAUACAAAACAAAACUUUUUUCUUUCCAUUCAUUCCUCUCUCACACAGAAAAGAAAAGAAAAGAGAAAGAGAAAGGUUAACCCUUGUCACCCCAUUGGAUCUCCUAGACUUCAUGUUCACCGAUCUGGUCAUGCCAAUCAAUUUCAACUGUUUGAGUGCACCAUUUCUAAUACUCAUGCUCUCAAUGCUUGUCGUGUCACGUAUUUUCAUCGCAAAACCUUCGCGCAAAGUGUUUAUGUUAGAUUUCGCAUGUUAUAAGCCCCCGAUUGCUCAGUCCGUCACCAGAGAGGUCACCGUGGCCCAAGCCAAACGUUACGGAAAUAUGAAAGAAGAGACUUUGGAGUUCAUGAAGAUGAUGAUGGAGAGAGCAGGGCUCGGCGACUCUACCUACUUGCCCGAGGCCUUCUUGAAAGACCCUCCUAACGUGUCCAUGGAAGAGGCGAUGAGAGAGUCGGAGAUGGUGAUUUUUGGAGCCCUAGACGAACUACUAGCGAAGACCAAAGUGAAAUUUGAAGAUAUUGGGAUAUUAAUAGUAAAUUGUUGUAUUUUUAACGUGACACCUUCUCUUUCAAGCUGGAUAGUGAAUCGAUACAAGCUUAGAGACAAUAUUGCAAGCUAUAAUCUUACUGGGAUGGGAUGCACCGCUGGACUUUUAGCCAUUGGCCUUGCCAAACAGCUUCUUCAGGUGCACCAAAACUCGUAUGCUUUAGUAGUGAGUACAGAGAACUUAACCCAAAAUUGCUACUUUGGCAAUGACCGUUCAAAAAUCUUAAUCAAUUGCUUGUUCCGGGUUGGUGGAGCCGCAAUCCUCCUCUCCAAUCGAUUGUCAGAUCAUCGCUCAUCAAAAUAUCAGCUUAUCCACACCGUCCACACCCACACAGCAAGUUUUGACCCUUCAUACAACUGCAUCUUCCAAGAAGAAGAUCGAGAAGGACACUUGGGUGUCACUACCACCAAAGAUCUCUUGACAUCGGCAACCAAAGCCAUUGAAUCCAACAUAACCACACUAGGUCCCCUACUCCUUCCCAUAUCUGAACAAGUCCUCUCUUUCCUAAACUACAUCAUAAGGAAGCUCCACGUGGCAGACAUCAAGCCCUACGUUCCUGAUUUCAAGAGAGCUUUUGAUCACUUCUUGCCACAUGUUGGAGGGAAAAUGGUACUGGACGAACUGCAGAGAAACUUCGGGUUGAGUGAAGUUGAUAUGGAAGCUUCUAGAAUGACACUGUAUAGAUUUGGAAAUACUUCUAGUAGUACAGUGUGGUAUGAACUUGCCUAUGUCGAGGCCAAGGGGAGGAUCAAGGAGGGUGAUCGUGUGUGGCAGAUGGCCUUUGGAUCUGGGUUCAAGUGCGCUAGUGUGAUUUGGCGUGCCAUCAGGACCAUUGAUUGCAAGGAUAGGAAUCCAUGGAGCGAUGAGAUUAAUAGGUUUCCUGUGGACCUUGGCAACAUUGGAUCAUUCCCUUACUUUUUUGAACCAUCCAAAUUGACAUGAUUAAACUAAUCUUCACCCACAUUUCAGCAAUGUUAGGUGUUAUGAAAAACCUUUCGUAAAAAUAAUCAUGAAAGUUUUGUGACUCUUGAAUUACACUUAGAAUAAAGUACAACACACUAAUCAAGAUAAUCCAAGGAUCAUAACUCUUUCGUGAUCAUUUUCAUGAAAAAAAUUUCAUAUUCCCUAACUUUUUUCUAUUUUAUUUAAUGUGUCCUUUUUAUCGUUGAAUUGAUAAACGUUGCUAGUGUUGCAAAGAGUAGAAUAGGUCUUAAACCUAUGAUCACGGAUGUAAUAAUAGAUGUACUUAUCAUUUAAGUAACACACAUUAUAUAUGCAUGUGUAUUUUUUUUUUGGAGUUGCACAAAUAACGUGUGUGUGAAUCACUUGUU